UCUGCUCAACAGCGCCUGCGCAGCGCGGCUCAGCCGUGUGGCUGCGGGGGACUGUCUCAGGAAGUGCCGGGUGGGUAGGCGUCGCACCCGGAAGUUAAGCGGCUCCGCGACGGAGCGGCAGGGCGUGCGGCAGUCCCGAGUAUCCCACUUUCCCGGGAGGGAACCACCUCAUCAGGUCGGCGCUGCGGGCUGCGGCCGGCCUGGUUGACCAUGGCCCUUUCUGUGGAGACGGAGUCGCACAUAUACCGAGCUCUGCGCACUGCAUCUGGGGCUGCUGCCCACCUUGUGGCCCUGGGCUUCACCAUCUUUGUGGCUGUACUUGCCAGGCCUGGCUCCAGUCUCUUCUCCUGGCACCCUGUGCUUAUGUCUCUGGCUUUCUCUUUCCUGAUGACCGAGGCGUUGCUGGUGUUCUCUCCUGAGAGUUCGCUGCUGCGCUCCCUCUCGCGGAAGGGCCGAGCACGCUGCCACUGGGUUCUACAGUUGCUGGCCCUGCUGUGUGCAUUGCUGGGCCUGGGCCUUGUCAUCCUCCACAAGGAACAGCUUGGCAAAGCCCACCUGGCUACAUGGCAUGGGCGGGCAGGGGUGCUAGCUGUGCUGUGGACAGGGCUACAGUGCUCAGGUGGGGUGGGGCUUCUCUACCCCAAAUUGUUGCCUCGAUGGCCCCUGGCCAAGCUCAAGCUGUACCAUGCCACUUCUGGGUUGGUGGGCUACCUUCUGGGUAGUGCCAGCCUCUUGUUGGGCAUGUGCUCACUCUGGUUCACUGCCACAGUCACCGGUGGGGUCUGGUAUCUGGCUGUGCUAUGCCCUGUCAUUACCAGCUUGGUCAUUAUGAACCAGGUGAGCAACGCCUACCUGUACCGCAAGAGGAUCCAGCCGUGAGCUCUUCCCAGCCUAGGGGAAGCCUGCAUUUGCCCCUCAGUGUGGUAGCUGGGGCUGAGACCUCCUGGACUCUCUCAGCUGACUCAGUUGUGGGACACCUCAGGCACUGGGGCAGUCAGAAGUAGCCGGAGUCCUGUGUGUGACAUUAUUACUUGCUCCUCAUGCUGGAGUACCUCUCCUUUCCUUCUUUCUCCACCAGCCCAGAGGAGUUUAUGGGUCGUGUGUCUGGAUGAAGUUGGGUUGCAAGACUGCCACCCGCCCCCAGCAACUCGACUCGUGCUGGUAUGUCCAGAAGUUAGAGAAAAAAGUAAAAUAAAAUUAAAAAAAAGA